CGUUGGUGUUCCGUACCCGCGGUAAAAAUUGGGAUUUCCACCGUACCCGGCGUUUCACAUCCGCGUCCGUGGAUCUACACCCUCUUUAUCCUCUCCCCGUGUUGUUUCGCCGUCCCCUCCCGCCGUUACGUCGCGAAGCGAUCUCUCGAUAGCUGAUAGAUCGGAUCCACGGAGUUCUUUCUUCGUCGUGAGCGAGGCAAGGAGCAGGUGCGAGACGAAACGAGUCGUGUCGUGAUAUAUCAUCGCCGGGCACAAUGGCUUGCGAAUUCUUGCUUGUGAAGCUUGAACGAUGGCCGAUUCACGCGGCUUCAAGCCAAUAAACCAGUUGUGGCAGAGCGCGACUGCGACGGAUCAGGAUUCGGAGUGUCUCUACGAGGAGAUCCCGGGCCGGUCCCAGGAUACGGACCGGCCGGCUGGUGCCGCCCGUGGGCAGCAGGGGGAGGAGGAAGAGCAGCAGGAGGAGGAGAACGUCGGCGGCAGCAGGAAAAGCCUCGACUUCGGGGUACAGGUUGGAGAUAGCAGCGACUUCUGGGGUGAAUCGGUCCGGGAGGAGGUCGUCGUCGUCGCCAGGGGUGGUACCAUCCCCCGUAGCAGGACCGACGGCGGCGCGAGAUCACGCAGCGGUUCGGUCGAUCGGCGGCCGUCGGAUCGGGCGCGCCAGCGGGACAUCGUCGUCAGGGUGGAGGAGGAGCGCUAUGCCGCGCGCAGGAGUCACGUGGAGCCCGGUACAGGCGCCGUACUGCCGCCUCCUGCGGCUGCCGGCCACAAGCUGACCAGGGGGCGAGCGAGCGCUACCAACACCGUCGCCCGGUACUUGCAUUCGGCCAGCACCAACGCCUCGGCGGCGCACUACCAUCACCAUCAUCACGGCCAACACGGGCCACACGGCCAAUAUCCCCCCGGCGGCAGGACGACCGGCAGGCAGCACCGCCAUCAUCACCCUAGCCGCGGCUCGUACAGUAAUGAGACGCAGGAAGAGGUACAGGAGGACGAUGAAGCCACUCUACGGGAGUUGCUCGUAAGUCUGCAGAAACAGGUCAGCGUUAUGAGUAUGAACCUGAGUGCCAAGCUGGACGAGCUGCAGCGGGGUGACCGCCAGCUGGAGACCACCGUCGCUCUCUGCGAGAUCCGCACGCAGCUGCAGGAACUCACGAAGAGCGUAGAGUCUUGUCAGAGCGAGGUCAGCGAGGUGAAACGGGACAUGGUCACGAUUAAGCAAGAACUAGAUACGGUACAGCAGGUCAAGGAAGAGAUAGAGGAAUUACGAGAGUACGUGAAUCGACUGGAAGAACACUCCCACCGGCGGAAACUUAGGCUUUUGGAGCAGGGACUGACGCUUUUCCUGUCGUACGCGAUACUGGCAGCCGUAUUGGGGAUGUUGCAGUUUGGAUACAACACUGGAGUGAUUAACGCGCCUGAAGUGAAUAUAGAGAAUUUUAUGAAAGAUGUGUACAAGGAUAGGUAUGGGGAGGACAUUUCGGAUGAUUCUGUUAAGACGUUGUACUCCGUGGCCGUGAGCAUAUUCGCGAUUGGUGGUAUGGUGGGUGGUUUCAGCGGAGGGACAAUUGCCAACAGAUUUGGCAGAAAGGGAGGCUUACUGCUAAACAACGUGCUGGGCAUCGUGGGGGCGUGCCUGAUGGGUUUCACGAAGCUCGCUGAGUCGUACGAGAUGUUGUUUUUUGGACGGUUCAUCAUCGGUGUUAAUUGUGGCUUGAACACCUCGUUGGUUCCCAUGUACAUAUCGGAAAUAGCGCCAUUGAACCUGAGAGGCGGCCUAGGCACGGUGAACCAGCUCGCUGUUACGGUGGGCCUCCUGGUCUCCCAGGUGCUGGGCAUCGAGCAAAUCCUUGGAACAAACGAGGGUUGGCCCGUUCUCUUAGGACUAGCUAUCUGUCCUGCCAUUCUACAGCUACUGCUGCUUCCAGUUUGCCCGGAAUCUCCAAGAUAUUUGCUCAUUACUAAACAGUGGGAGGAAGAGGCUCGAAAAGCUUUGAGAAGGUUGAGAGCCAGUAACCAAGUAGAAGAAGACAUUGAGGAGAUGAGAGCGGAGGAACGAGCUCAACAAGCUGAGUCCACGAUAUCGAUGACAGAGCUUAUAUGCAGUCCAACUUUAAGAGCACCUCUCGUUAUUGGUGUGGUUAUGCAACUUUCGCAGCAGCUUUCGGGUAUCAACGCCGUAUUUUAUUAUUCCACGAAUCUGUUCACUAGUUCUGGUUUAACGGACGAGAGUGCCAAGUUUGCAACCAUUGGCAUAGGUGCCAUCAUGGUUUGUAUGACGCUAGUGUCUAUCCCACUCAUGGAUAGGACAGGAAGGCGUACGUUGCACUUGUACGGUCUCGGUGGCAUGUUUAUCUUUUCAAUAUUCAUCACAAUUUCGUUUCUCAUAAAGGAGUUCUUCGGCUAUGUGCAGGAAAUGAUCGACUGGAUGUCCUACAUCUCGGUGGUGUCGACCCUGUGUUUCGUCGUGUUCUUCGCCGUGGGGCCCGGAUCUAUACCCUGGAUGAUCACGGCGGAACUGUUCUCGCAAGGCCCUAGACCCGCCGCCAUGUCCAUCGCGGUUCUCGUCAAUUGGAUGGCUAAUUUUUUGGUUGGCAUCGGUUUUCCAAGCAUGAAGAGUAGCCUUGAAAACUACACGUUCCUACCGUUCAGUGCAUUUCUAGCCAUCUUCUGGAUCUUCACCUACAAGAAGGUUCCUGAGACCAAGAAUAAAACAUUCGAAGAGAUUCUAGCUUUAUUCAGGCAUGGUAACGACAGGAGCAGCUUGCGGGACAGCAGACUUUAUGGGAGCAUGCUAAACUGUGUGAAUGCAUUAGAGGGACACAUACCGCCAGCAGAGAGCGCAGCCCUGAUGGUGGCAGAGGAGAAGCCACAUCCUGAUUCAUUUGUGUUUGCAGCUGGAUCCGAGCGCUCUUCCGUCGCUCCCGCUCAGCCGGAGAGACCACCGCCCCCGCUUCCCCCGCCACGCUUUCCGAACAGCGGUGUCUGACAACGGGAAACAGCUCCUCUUAAUAUCGGUAACCUAGUGAUCAUGAACGCGCCGAUACCGCUGCCGCUGCUGCUCACCACCAGCAGCCUCAGCCUGGAGACGCAGCUCUACGAGAUCAUCACCGAGAGCAGUAAGGCGUGCGCGGCGUUCCUGCGGCACAGUUUGCGUCGCGCGACCAGCCUCGGCUGGACCGCGACCGAGGGCUUCGAGACGACCGCGACGGCGAGCGGCGCGAUGUACAACGAGCAGUGAGAAGAGAACGCCCGGGCCUGAGGCGAAAGGAGUCAGGAGUCGGAGACGAGACGCCGAGUUUCGUACGACGACGACGGCGAAGCGGUCAAGUGCGACUCGCGAGGCGCAGCAUCUGCUGGUCACCGGCAAUACGCGGAUUGUUCGGCAGGCGACACACGUUGAGGCAACGAGUGUUCCUCAUCGGUCGAUCGCGUCUCUCUCUCUGUCUGUCUGUCUGUCUUUCUGCGAGCUGAAUUAGCUUAACGAAGAGCAUAGGGUCGAUCGGGGUAACUGUUGGGAAAUAUUAUUCCAACGAAUAUUAUGAGAAUAUACCUCAACAUUAUAUAGGAUAAAUGAGGGGCGUCGCGAUAUUUUCUCCACUGAUAUUAACUGAUGAGCGUAACUUCUUAAUCGUUCCGUGAUAGCUAUUAAACGAUAUAAUUAUUCGGAUGAUUUUGUGGGAGAUGAUUAUCAGGAUCGUCGUCAAAAAAAUAUUCCGGUGUUGCGCUUACUCCUCGCGUCGAGAUUACCCCCGAUCGAGCCUUCGUCUCGACUCGGUGCUUAGCGACGAUAAAUUAAUUCGGGAUGGAAUGUUUCGAAUAGUAAAAUAAGUACGCUACGAGGGAUGCUGAGAUCGGCGCUCGGCUGCUUAGCGGGCAAAUCUCGAAGACGACGGCAGAUGCGAGAUGGUCCUUUUGAUGACCAUGGCGGAAGGCUCACUUUAUCGAUCUUCCUCGAGUCGGAAGAAGACACCGCGCGUACGUUAACGAGGACGAUGGGACGAGCGCGCGCUCGCUCGAGAUAGAUUAAUCGAAAUGUUGCGAAAGUGAUUUGUGCCUAGACGAGUAUGCGUUGGGAAAAAGGGAAACGUGAUUAUGAGAAUUGCCGCGUCGCGAUCUCACGCACUGCGCGAGUGCACUCGGGACUUCGUGCGACAUCGAAGGAUAUCGAAAAAAAAAAAAAUAAUGAAUCGGCGGACGCGCACGCGGGGGGCGUCGAGCACGGCGAAAGGGAGGAGGACGCUCUUCAUCCGAUUCACCCCCGUCGUCGCAACCCCUUCGUUUCACGGAACGAAGGGCGAACGUGUAUCUAUAUAUAUCUCCACUUUUAUAUCAUUAAUUUUCUAGGACUCAUGUCGGGACUACGUGUCGUUUUUGUAUCACACUGUCCUCUGUACGAUUCAUCGCACCGUGUUGUGUAAUUAUUAGACCGUGCGCUGUUACUUCCGCGAUGACGACGACGACGACUACGACGAAUGACGACGACGAUGAUGAAUGGCGUACUAUGCGCGUGACUGCCAUAAAUCCGCGACAACUUUAAAAAGAUUACGAGCUGCCCUCGAGACACUGUGAUAUUUUCUUUUCGUCAUUUCCGGCGCUCGAUCCCGGAAUUAUUGAUUGAGAGCGAGUAUACGCUAAUUGCCGGAGAGACGGAAGUGUUCCGAAUUCGUUCGUUUCGCGAAAGGAAUAGUCUCAAUUAAUUUACGAGCGAAUGACGAGCCUGAUGAUUCGAACGUUUAAAAAGAGAGAGAGAGAAAGAGAGAGAGAGAGAGAGAGAGGGGGGAGGAGAUUCGUUAAACCAAUAGAUAAUUCGUUCAAGGGUGCUUCUCUCUCUCUCUCCCUCUCUCUCUCGUGAAAGUGAGGAAUUAAAAGGGAUCAAAACGAAUUUCUACGGAUCCCUCUUAAUCUGCCUAUCUUAUCGAGAAGUUCGCUUUGAGGGAAGGUCAGCGAUUUUUCGUUGAAAAAUCUUCGGAACCGGAAGACAGGAGAAGGAACACUUGCCUUUACAAAUCGCGGUGUGUAACAGCGCGUUAACGAACAAAUAUAGCGAUUCUCGUAUCGAAGAUCUCAAAUUGGGCAUCGACCAACUGCAUUAAAUUAAUGUCAAAAGAAACUACACGGAAUUAGCUUUCGAUUAGUCGCAAUCUCAACGACGUUCGCGAUCACGUCGGACUUAUAUACGGUGCCUCUCGAUCGCAGUAUACUCACGAACCAAUCAACCAUAUUUUAUCUCAUAAAACGCCAGGGUACACUACGCAGCACACACUUCACGCUUCGGCCUAGUGGACGUGUCAAUUCCUUAAUCAUUAACUAAAAAUAUUCCUGUAAUACAUUUUAGAGUCCCUCAAAUCGAUGAAUAAUGAAGAAAUCGGCGUUAAAACUCUGAACGCGGAAAUAUUAUUCCCCAGAAAACAGGUCCGUUUGAAAGUUCAUUUCUCUUUCUCUUUCUUUAAGGUUCUGCAAAUUCUUAGUCCUUAAAAUUGGUCUAAAAUUUCCAUUUCAACUUCCGCGUGAAUUCGCGAUUGGCGAUAUCGUGAUUGCAGAUGCGUUUUAUCUGCGACAGGAAUCGAUACCUUCUCGGCCGAAUCGAGAAAAUCAAUAACAACGGCCAUCAGUCUGCGCAAAGGCAUGCCUUUUCUUACUCCGUCAUUGAUCUUUCUUCCUCUCUUCCCUCCCUGUUAUCGAUCUUUUUAACGGAAGCGCACGCGAUUCGAUAUUUCGGGAUACUCCGAGGGAGACACGACGAUCCCUCCCCUACGUGCUGUACAUACGUGUGUAUAUACUUGUAUACUUCUACUUGAGAGACGUCACUGAACCACACAGCAAGUGUAUGAUAAUCCUGUAUAACCGGAAAUAUAUAGCAUACUCCGUUUCCUGCUAAAGUAGCAUUAUCGACGAGCGACAAGACGAGGGCUGGCAUAUAUAUCUCCACUGACUCAGAACCGUUCUAGGUCCUAAAAAAAUUACCACGAUGGAGAUAUCGAUGUCGAUCGAGCAUCGUGACUAUUUCGAGAAACCCUUCCUCUUUCGCGAUAACACGAACCAACGAAAUUGGCGGCCGAUCACAUCCCGCAUGUGGCUUCUAUCGUUUGUCGUUUUACGUUGCACUCACGCCGCAUACGACGACUCGACGCGGAACGCGAACAUUCGUAAAUCUGUAGCCGAAUCGGGUAUAUAGAUUCGCGAGUAUCGAGAGAUGAUUUAUUCUGUCGCUUCUAUCGAUAGUAACAAAUAAUUUAAUUACUCGAUAACGGAGACUCGCGUUAACCUGUAUCCAGACUACCUUGCAAAAAUUGAGAAAAAUCGGUGAUAAAUAAUCGAUGAUUAUUUAUUUUGCACGGUUGUGAGUCAUGAAUCAUCGAAAUCAGAGAUUGGUAAAAAAGCCUUUCGAAUUUAUUAUUUCACAUUCUACUCGUCCCUUUCACGGAAUUCGGCGAUUUAAUUCUUCGAACAAAAUUGUCAGAAUUUGUGAGGUCGUUAGGCUUUAUUUCACGAGAGGAACAAAAAGAUUAUAUCUAUCUAAUCGCGCCUGUAAAUAAUACAAAUGUUAAAUAAAAAGCCAAAGGGGCUUGGUCUAAUCCUUAAUUUCGAUUAUUAGAAUUUCAAUUUUACGAUAUAAAUCGAGGUAUAAAUCGCCACUGAUUCCUUUCAGAGCAAUUUUGCGGGGUAAACGCGGCUUGGAUUGGUAUGUUGUUUCGGAUGUCGCGAUGUAAACGCAAUAUAAUAUUUAGGAUAGAGAGACUAACUGAAUGAGAAAAACAAGAUCCAGACGGAAUCACGUGUAAAACGCAUCGUUAUGAUAUCAUUCGAACGAGCCAAGGAAGUUUUUAAUUAUAAGCUGUCCAAAACAUACAGAAUCAGUGAGAAAGGCAAUAAAGCUAUAUUCAACUGAAAGAAAAAGAUAUGAUAAAGUAGAUUUCCUUGCAUUAUGAGUAUUAUCAGAGAAUUCAGAAUACUAUAUUAAUUAUCGAUAAAGCUAGGAUAGGGGCGUAUAUACAUAUAGAAACUAUAUAUAGCUACUAGGCGAUAGUAGCACGGCGUAAACGCGCUAAAUUAAUAUAAUUGGAAACUUCACCGAGAUAGGCGAAUAAACUCUCUCUCUCUCUCUCUCUCCCCUUCCUCUCUCUUUCUCACACACACCUCUGCGAUGGCUGUAUGAUAAUUAUGUCGUGGAUCGCGAGUAUAUGUAUCGUCAUUAUAUCUCUAUUUCUCGAAAUCAUCGCAAGCUUAUAACAAACCCGAGAGACAUACGAUUAUUUUGGCUCGAAAUUUGGGUCGAGUUUGAGUUUCGAAGAUCCUCGAACCUAACACGAAUCUUUGCGUUACAGUCGCUAAACGAUAUAAAGAAAUUUCGAGCGCGUUCGGUAUUAUCGUAGCCGUGAAACUAUCCGACUUAUCUGCGCUGCGACAACCUGUGAGACAACCUUCUUUCGAUCACCACCUCACAAAGAGAAAAGGCAUGCUGCGAUAUGUGUUCACAAAAGACAGAUCACAUUGGCACCAAAAACGAUAUAUCAUUUACACGCGCGGCAAUUUUUACCCUCGAGAUGCAGUAUGCCGUAUACAUAAAGUCAACGCGAGAUCUGUAAGCGAGUUACGAAAGGCGCUUUCCGUCUAUACGCGGACGUAGAACGUAUGAACUGCGUUACUUUCGUCUCGAGAAUUCGUCAACGGAAAGGCCCUUCUUAGCCCUUACGCGAAAAGAAUUCACUUAUCUGUAAUUGACCCGUAUAAUAUUAUAAACAAAUAAUUCGUUUCUAAAAAGAUUGUAAUAAUAACGUAUACAUAUAUACAUAUAUGCAUAUACUAUAAAGACGACUACUUUUUAAACGCGAAGACCUAAUAAUGUAUUUCGCACUCAUCACGACUUUGAUAAGAAGAUAAGCAAUGAUCGCAUCAAUGGUUUCGAGUCAAUGAUACAAUAUUAAAACUCAUUGAGCAUUACAACAUUAGCCUUCGAGGAAAGCAACAAAAGAGAUAAAGAAAAAAAAAAGAUAAAUGAGAAAUUUUCGAACAGUCCAACAAAGUAAGUGAUUACAAUAACGAUUUGUAAAAUAAGUUCACUGCCACUCAAACGACUUGCGCCCCUUAGGAGAGCGCCAAUAUUCCAAGAUGUGAAUGUGUACAGUUAUGUGAAAAGUAUAUUAUAAUAUAACGUAAUUAUAUUUACAUAUGAUACACUAAUUAGCAUUAUGUAAAACUAAAUAGUAUAUAACGACAUUAAGAGUGGUAUACAUACGUAGGAUAUAGGUAACAAGGAAUAAAAAAAAAUACACAUUGAUCGCAGAGCUACUCCAAGGAAAAAAAAAACGUUUACGCGCCCGCUCAUUUGUAUAUUACGAUAUUAAAAGUUAGCACUAACAUCAAUUCUCUCAGCUGAACGAUAAUCAAGUUCGAUUAUACUUUCCUUUCGUCGUCUCGCUUCUACAAUGCAAUGGGAAAAAAGGGGCGUCUAUUUUUACUGUGUAAUUAUAAGUUUCGGAUUCAAAGCGUCACUAUUAACAGGUCCGACGAGAGAUCUAGUCGUAUAUUUAAUCAGCUUUCUAUCUUGAGCGCGAUCGGCAGUGCCGCGUGAUAUAUAUGACGUACAUAUGUUGUUUCGGAUUAAAAAAAAUGUACCGUCUGAUACUUUGCAAUUUUUCUCUCAUAGAACGCGCGAUGUUCUGUGCGAUUUGCAUUUAUUAAGUGUUAUGUAAUUGAAUUCUUUUUAUAAAAGCCCUUACAUUCUC